AUGCAGACCAACUUGGCCAAAAACCGACUCCUUAGCAUCAUUCCUCACAAUGCGAACCGGGUCAUUCUCUCUUCGAUCCGUGGGGUUGACGGCUCAGACUAUGUAAAUGCCAGCUACAUCGAUGGCUACCGUUCUCGAGCGCCAUAUAUUGCCACACAGGCUCCGCUCACUGCAACGUUGGAAGACUUUUGGCGCAUGCUCUGGGAGACGGAGUCUAACCUGAUCGUCCGACUCCAGGCGACACCAAGCAAGAUGGAUCCCUGUGCGGACGAUAUGCCGAUCUACUGGCAGUCGAGCUCCGCCCCCGGUCCUGCCAGAUUCGGCUUCUUUGUUGUCGACCCGGUGGCUGAAUAUCAGAUGCCCGGCUACGUGUUGCGCGAAUUCAGGCUCACAGACGCCCGUGACGGCCGGUCGAGGACAGUGCGCCAGUUCGACGCAUCUUCCAGUGCCGACCUCAUGGAGGAGAUGGCUGGAGAGCUGAUCCGGCUAGUACGCGCCAGAGCAAUGUCUCCGGUUAAGUCCGUGAGUACACGACAUUCAAUUGUCAUAUGCGAUCUGUACUGUUAUGGUGCAAACGUCAUUGCUUUCGUCAAAUUAAUGCUAUUUUCUUUCAAAUAG